GUCGGAAUUGAGGGGGUAAUGGCUAUUGAAUGCACAAGAAGAUCAUGAAACGUCGAGAUUCAGAGUUUCUCAUCUUACUCUAGGGUACUUUCCUGUCUCUUCCUCAUUUGACCUAACUCCAACCUAGCCAUGGCCUCAGAUCCCGUCGCUAUGGGCACUGACCAACCGAUGGAAGAACGCCGCCAUGCUCCCCAACCGGUCUCACGCAGUGCCCGCCGCAGAAGAAGAAGGAAGCUCCAGCAACGUUUUCUGUCAAUAGGGGAUCGAAUUUCUGGAGCUCAAAAUCACUCCAAUGCAGUCGCGAUAGAAAACCAGCCGCUCCUCUAUACAUCGACAAACGCGUCUGAUGGCGCCUUGCCAUCAAUGCUCACCGUAUCCGAGCAAAUUGAUCCAUGGGUUGAGUGGACAGCUCAUCGAUCAGCGUAUCCCAUGAGGCUGUACGGAACCAAAGUUCGUAUCCACGUGAAUGGCAGUCCAACCGCCGCGGCCGUUGUCAACAUGUACACGCCGAUGUAUCUCUCUGCCUUAGUACUCGCGCCGCUAGAUAUUGGGUUGGAUACAGAAACACCAGUCAAGAUGUCACUUAACGGCUGUCGAAAGAUAUCUAGGGUUACCCUUGACAGGAUCAACGCUUUGAGAAAGAUAACGUCGGUCUAUUUGUCGGCUACCGUGCCCAAAUACAUGCAGCAAGAGAAGGAUUAUAUGAUUCUGCUCCGUCCGGAUCAGCCACAUGACAAGUUGAGAACGUGGCUCGACAGGACUGACGUCGGGAGCGAUAAAAGAUGUAUGAAUAUUGUCGGGGAAAGCAUACCUAGUCUCUGUAUACCGAUACUUUUUCAUACACUCCAAAUGAGACUGGUGGCGGAAAGGCUCUGCAACACAGUUCUACAAAACGUCGGCUUUUCGAGCAUCGGGCAUGUGCUGCCUGCCAUCACAACCCCAUACACCAGAUCGCAGACCAACUACCAACGAUAUGAAUUUUUCGGCGACGCGAUCCUCAAAUACAUCGUCUCCUGCCAACUCUUUGUCGAGCAUCCUGACUGGAGCGAGGGAGACCUUUCCCAAAGGCGAGAUGAGCUUGUUUCAAACUCUCGACUUACGCGAGCUGGUCUCGAAAUCGGACUGGAUGCGUUCAUUCUAGACCAUAGAGUGAACUUAAGAAAUUGGUCGGCUCCAACUUGGUCUCGAAAAUAUAGAAGUAAUCGCUGCGCAGGAAGGCGGAAGAUGACCGCGAAGGUCCUGGCGGAUGUGGUGGAAGCCCUCAUCGGAGCCGCUUAUAUCGAUGGAGGUCUCCCGCGAGCCCACGCUGUUGCUCAGGUACUGCUGCCCGAGAUCCCCUCACAGGAGAUCCGAUUCCAGUCAAACUCAAGGGCUGAGGUGUCGAAUCUUGUUCAUCAGGACGUGCAAACAUGGCUCGGGUACAACUUCAAGAACCCGUCCCUUCUCGUCGAGGCCCUCACCCACCCUUCUUGCGCCGGUAAAAGCUAUCAGAGACUCGAGUUUCUUGGCGACGCUAUUCUAGACAUGAUCAUAAUCAGCAAGCUUGCCCGCCAUCCGGGCGAGAUGGCCCAGGGCGAGAUGAGCAUGAUCAAGCAUGCAGUCUCGAAUCGCAAUAUUCUGGCUUUCUUGUGUUUGGAACUUUCUUCCUGGGAUACGCUCCUCAAAACCACCACGGUAGAAGCUGAAAUAAAGCCAUCCGGACUCUGGAGCUUUAUGCGCUUUGGUGGUUCCCCCCUCGAACAAGAAGGAUCCCAGCGCGUAGUGCUCAGGCGGUACCUGGGCCUCCGCGAAGAGAUCGUCUUUGGCCUCCAGAAAGCGGAAGAGUACCCGUGGCAAGCGCUAAUCAAGCUCAACGCAGACAAAUAUUUUGCGGAUCUCAUAGAGAGUGCUCUGGGCGCUAUAUUUGUCGACUCGAGGGGCGACCUCACGGCCUGUGAGAUGUUCUUGGAAAGAAUAGGUCUUCUCGGUUGUCUUGAUCGCAUUAUGCGCGAUGGUGUCGAUAUCGCUCAUCCGAAGAAUGUUGUGCAAAGGCUUUCGAGGGCGCUGGCAAAGUUCGAUGUCGAGCGAACGUUGACUGCAGAAGGCUCUGAUGCUACCUAUGGGUGCACGGUUAGUAUUGGUGAUGUUAGCAUUGCGGUAGCUAGAGCGUGCUUGUGUCAUGAAGAGGCAGAGGUCGAGGCUGCAGUUGCCGCAAUUCGACGCUUGAAGCAGACUCCGCUGGAUGCUCUUGUGGCUACAAAUACUAAGAAUGAUGUAAAUAGUGCGGUCAAUCCGCUAUGGAACAACACCUUAUAAGUGAAAUUCAAGAAGCUAUAUGGAGG